AUGCGGCGCCUUCGGGAUCUCAACCCUGCCGUGUUUUGUGCUGGUCUCGACCCUAGGAUAGGUGUGGCCUUCCGCUACAUCAAGGCAUCCUCCGCCUACCUCGGCAAGGCCGAGGACUCGAUCGCCAUCGACAUCAUCUACUACCGUAGCCAUGCCGACGGGAUGCCACGUGUGCACGCCGACGUGGUGGAUGAGAUCGAGCAGAUGGCGUUGCGCAAGUACGAUGCCCUGUCGCACUGGGGCAAGAACCGCAACAUCGCUUUCGACGGUGCCAUCCCAAAGUACCCAAAAGCCCACGAGUUCCUGAUGGUGAACGACAGGUACGACCCUGACUGACUCUUCUCAAGUGAGUGGGGCGACUAGGUGCCCGGCAUCAAUGGGAGUCCCAAUAUUAACAAGGAGUAUUGUGUCAUCGAAGGACUAUGUAUAUGCUCCGCGGACUCGCACUGUGCGCCGAAGCAGGGCUACUUCUGCCGACCAGGGAAGGUGUACGCGAAGGCUAGAGUUUGCUCAUUUUGGCAAGGAUUAUUAGGGAUGGCGAGAAUCCAAGAGAGUAAGUUAGGUUACCUUUAA